AUGGUGGACGAGAGAAUAGAUGAAUGGCGCCGGACGUUCGAAACCCUCACCCUUCCGGCGAUGGCGGAGCUGGGGAGGGAGCUGCUGGAGGAGGCGCGGGCGCCGGAGUUGGCAGCGUGGGUGCGAGGCCUGCGGCGGCGGAUCCACCAGCACCCGGAGCUGGCCUUCCAGGAGCACCGCACGUCGGCGCUCGUGCGCGCCGAGCUCGACGCCCUCGGCGUCCCCUACGCCUGGCCCGUCGCGCGCACCGGCGUCGUCGCCACCAUCGUCGGCGGUGCCGGCCCUGGCCCCGUGUUCGCGCUCCGGGCCGACAUGGACGCGCUGCCCAUCCAGGAGAUGGUAGAAUGGGAGUUCAAGAGCAAGGAAGACGGCAAGAUGCACGCGUGCGGGCACGACGCGCACGUGGCCAUGCUCCUGGGCGCCGCCAAGCUGCUGCAGUCCCGCAAGGGCGGCCUCGCGGGCACGGUGAAGCUGGUGUUCCAGCCGGCGGAGGAGGGCCACGCCGGCGGGUACCACGUCCUGCGGGAGGGCGUCCUGGACGACGUGGACGCCAUUUUUGCAAUGCACGUCGACACGCACCUCCCCGCCGGCGCCGUCGGGUCCAGGCCGGGGCCCUUCCUCGCCGGCGCGGCCCGCUUCACGGCCACCGUCACGGGAAAAGGAGGGCACGGCGCCACGCCGCACGCCGCCGUGGACCCCAUCGUCGCCGCGUCAUCCGCCGUGCUCAGCCUCCAGCAGCUCGUCGCCCGCGAGACGGACCCGCUGCAGGGCGCGGUGGUGUCGGUGACCUUCAUCAGAGGAGGCGAGGCGUUCAACGUCAUCCCGGAGGCGGUCACGCUCGGCGGCACCCUGCGGAGCAUGACGACGGAGGGGCUGUCGUACCUGAUGAGGAGGAUCAGGGAGGUGGUCCAGGGGCAGGCGGCGGUGGGGCGGUGCGCGGCGACGGUGGACUUCAUGGAGGAGGAGCUCCGGCCGUACCCGGCCACGGUGAACGAUCAAGGGGUGUACGCGCACGUCAAGGCGGUGGCGGAGGGUAUGCUGGGCCCGGUGAACGUGAGGCUGUCUCCGCCGAUCAUGGCCGCGGAGGACUUCGGGUUCUACGCCGAGAAGAUCCCGGCGGCGUUCUUCGGUGUGGGCGUCCGGGGCGCCGGCGAGGAGAUGCACCACGUGCACACGCCGCACCUGGUGAUCGACGAGGACGCGCUCCCGGUCGGAGCGGCCCUGCACGCCGCCGUGGCCAUCGAGUUCUUGAACAAGCACGCGUCCCCCGUGCAGGCGUUGAGCAUCGACUAG